AUGCCUGGUACGUAUAAUGAUAUAUCUGUUCUAGAUCACUCACCGCUCUUCGACAGGUUUAUCCGAUGUCAGACUCCAAACAUCCCAUAUGAAGUAAAUGGUAGGGUAUACCAUAUUCCAUACUACCUCACUGAUUGCAUAUACCCUCACUAUGCAACAUUGAUACAAUCAAUCAAGCACCUAAGGACCCAAAAGGAGAAACAUUUUGCAAAAAAACAAGAAGCGGCCUGCAAGGAUGUGGAACGAGCUUUUGGGGUGUUGCAAGCAAAAUGGGCGAUAACUGAAGGACCCAUACGAUUCUGGGAUGAAGAAACUGUUACAAACAUCAUGAAUUGUUGCAUUAUACUGCAUAACAUAAUAAUCGAGGAUGAGAGGCAUGCUAAUAUCGAGCCUUGGCAGCCUGUAGCUGGUGAAAUUCUACUAGAUGGUUUACUUGAGCAUGAUGAACAACUACUAGGAUGCUUCAUACGCUCACGUAUCGAACAAGUGCGUGAUCGGUCCAUUAACGGUAUGCUUAGGCAUGACUUAAUGGAAAAUUUAUGGUCCAACUUUGGGGGAGAAAAUACCCUUAUGUAA